AUGGAGGUUUCCGGUGAGAGUAAUGAGAAAGAGAGUGAUGAUGAUAAGACGAAAUCCUUGACAAUCAUUGAUGUGGGUCUUGAAGAGUUUGCAAAAAAGAUGCCAAUUUUUGAGCCAGAGAGAGUGGAGUCCUCUGGUUCUGGUUCUCAAGAGAAGCCACUUGGGGUGAAUUUGGACCUGGCUUUGUAUAAGGCCAAGGUGCUAACCAGGCGUUAUAAGUAUAAAGAAGCUGAAGAGAUACUGCAAAAGUGUACAAGUUAUUGGCCUGAAGAUGGGAGACCGUAUGUGGCAUUAGGGAAGAUAUUGGGCAAGCAAUCAAAAACAGAAGCAGCUAGAGCUGUGUAUGAGAAAGGUUGCCAGGCAACGCAAGGAGAGAAUCCUUACAUUUGGCAGUGCUGGGCUGUUUUGGAAAAUAAAAUGGGUAACAUACGAAGAGCAAGAGAGUUAUUCGAUGCCGCCACAGUUGCUGAUAAAAGACACAUAGCUGCCUGGCAUGGUUGGGCAAUUCUAGAGCUAAAACAGGGAAAUGUCAAGAAGGCAAGGCAAUUACUUGCUAAAGGCCUUAAGUUUUGUGGUGGAAACGAGUAUGUUUACCAAACAUUAGCGUUGUUGGAAGCUAAAGCAAAUCGAUAUGAGCAGGCUCGUUACUUAUUCAUGCAAGCAACCAAGUGUAAUCCAAAAAGCUGUGCUAGUUGGCUUGCAUGGGCACAAGUAGAAAUGCAACAGGAGAACAAUCUUACUGCUAGGAAACUCUUUGAGAAAGCAGUGCAAGCAAGUCCCAAGAACAGAUUUGCAUGGCACAUAUGGGGAGUUUUUGAAUCUAAUAUUGGAAAUAUUGAGAAAGCAAGAAAACUUUUAAAGAUAGGCCAUGCACUCAAUCCAAGGGAUCCUGUUCUGCUUCAGUCUCUUGCUUUAUUGGAAUAUAAACACUCUACUGCAAAUCUUGCGCGAGUAUUGUUCAGGAAAGCAUCUGAAUUGGACCCAAGGCACCAACCAGUUUGGAUUGCUUGGGGAUGGAUGGAAUGGAAAGAAGGCAACAUAUCCACUGCAAGGGAAUUAUAUCAAAAGGCUCUUUCAAUUGACACAAACACCGAAAGUGCAGCUAGAUGUCUACAGGCUUGGGGUGUCCUAGAACAAAGAGUUGGCAACAUGUCAGCAGCUCGAAGAUUAUUUAGAUCAUCCCUGAAUAUAAAUUCUCAGAGUUAUGUCACAUGGAUGACAUGGGCACAAUUGGAGGAGGAUCAAGGAAACAGUGUGCGAGCAGAAGAAAUUCGGAACCUUUACUUCCAACAGCGUAUCGAAGUUGUAGACGAUAUCUCAUGGGUUACAGGAUUUUUAGAUAUCCUUGACCCAGCAGUUGCCAGCAUAAAGAAGCUCCUGAACAUGGAUCAGGACCCAUACAAGAAGUCACUGGAAGCUUUAAGAAGUAUAACAGGAGAUAAAGAAAAUGGUGUUGAUAACAACUCAGCCGGUAAAUCAUCCUCUAACAACAUCGACAACGAUGAAGAAGGUGGGAGGAGUGCACUUGAUUUGGAUUCUUUCAUUAAAGAAAGGUUGUCUCUUGAUACAACCAAGUUAGAUGUCAACCUGGAAACAUCUGCAAGUCCUGCGCCAUGGAGAGGUAAGUCACCAAGAAGUGUAUGGAAACCAGUGAAAAGCAAUCGCUGA